UUUCACCGAGGUUCCUAGAUAAGGCCAUGAUAAUUAGUUGUUUAGCCAGGUGGGUCCAAAAAAAAAUACCAUCGGCAUCGUCACCAGUUGAAAACGACUCAAUGGGCCCUACUCCCACUUAAUCCCAACCAGAGCCCAAGCCGAAAAUACCACUCUCCAUUUUUUUUCCUCCUCGUUCCUCCAUUCUCCGCCUUAUUUUUCUCAAAUGGUUCGCUGAUCCUACAACAAUGGACCGCUUCCUUGGUGUGACGUCCCCAUCCCCUACCACAGCCAACGACGGUGACGAACUCACGGAGGACGAUAUUUUCUGGACCACCGCCAGCCACCUUCCACCGCCACAACCAAUUACCAUAACCGCCGCCUGUCUUUUUCGCAGAGUUCCGGAAUCCUCGCUGCAUUGCCGGAACCAAGCCACUGUCAAAUGCUUUACCGAAAACCGAUAAUUCCUUCCUCGUCAUCAACCGUCAAGGUAGGAGCAACGAUUCCUCGGCCGACACCACAGGAAAAAGAAUACUCUAGUAAGUUCCAGCAGCAACAGUCGGCACCGGUGAACGUGCCUCUGCUGUCGAUGGCGGUGGCGAGGGAAAGGAAUAAGAAGUUCCUAGAAGUUGAUUGUUACGAUGAGGAGGGAGAGCAGGAGAUAUUGCCUCCGCAUGAAAUCGUCGCCAAAGGUUCUGGAGUGUCGCCGAAGACGACUUUCUUGGUGCUUGAAGGAGUAGGGAGGACUUUGAAAGGAAGGGAUCUUAGGCAGGUCAGAAAUGCAAUUUGGUGUAAAACUGGGUUUCUUGAUUAAUUGUUAAAAGUUUUUAAUUAUUGGGCUUUUGGGAGCGCCUUUAAUAUUUCCUGAUUAAAAUGGGGGAUUUUGUUCUUCUAAAUUCAAGUGCAGUUGGACG